AUGAGAUCUUUAAAGUCUUGCUUUUUUAAACAUAAUUGGAACAUAUGUUUAUUAUGGAUAAGAGUGAUUUUAAGUAGUACCCUUUUAAUAUAUUUAAUAUUUUAUAACAAUGUUUUUAAUUAUAAAAUUAGAUAUGGAAAAAGUCAUACAGAAGAUUCUUUCAAUUUAAUAAAACUGAGAAACUUAUCCGAAUAUAAUAAAAAUUACGAUGGAGAAUAUUAUGAUAUAUUAAAAUUAAAUAUAGAUAAUGAUAAGUUAAAAAAAUUUACAAUGAGGAUUCAUCCUGAAGUUGAAUUGUUCGGAAGGGAGUCUGAAUAUUUUGGGAAAAACAUGAAUGAAGUAUAUAUAAAACUUAUAACUGAUUUAAAACCAGAUUUGAUUAAUGUAAAUGCAACAAGUAAAAAGGAAUUGCUAAAUGAAUGGGAUUUUAUUAUGAAUAAUUUUACACCAAUGAAUGAUGAAUCAACUGUUGAAACAAAUAAUGAAACAGACCAUGAUACAAAUGAUGAAAAAAGUAUAAAAAAAAAGAAGAAAAAAAGAAGAAAACCUAGGAUAAGAUAUAUUGCAGAAUUGGUUGGAUAUGGUACAAUAUUAAUAGCUGGUUCUCCUGUUAUAUUAUCUUUGAUUAUUAUUGGAGGUUUCAUAUGGUGUGUUAAAGGUACAAAGGCUGCUAGAAAAUAUUUUAGUGCUAUUAAAAAAUUGCUUUUUGCAAAAUUACCUUUUUAA